UCUGCUACAACCAAUCAUCGCUCACCACGCUUCUGCUGCGCCUGGUGUAAAUAAGGUCAGUGGUCGUGUUUUUUAGUACAUAGAAUCAACAAGAAUCCAACAAGUAUAAAUGAAAUGAAAAAAUGUCCCCAAUAUACAGAGUUUUAUCUUCCAUUCUCUUCAUAACCAUUGAAAUAGACUUUAAGGCCGCCUAUGGCAAACUAUCUGGUGUAGAGGUCCAGAGACAUUUAGAUGAGGGGAAGAGGUUAUUAUCUUCAGGACAGUUAAACGAUGCGUUGAUACACUACCAUGCUGCUGUUGAUGGAGAUCCAGAAAACUUCUUACCACACUUCCAAAGAGCAACUGUAUUUAUGGCACUUGGAAGGUCCAAGUCAGCAUUACCAGAUUUAGAUAGAGUGUUAGAACUUAAACCAGAAUUUUACCAGGCUAGAUUACAAAGAGGGAAUGUAUUAUUAAAGCAAGGUUGUCUGGACGAAGCACACAUAGACUAUGAGGCUGUGUUAAGAUAUAGUCCUGAUAAUCCUGAAUCAUUACAACAGCUCAGUGUGAUAGAACCAGUCAAAAGAAAUGUAGCCGAUGCAAAGCAUGCAAUAGAAAGAGGAGAUUGCCAACAUGCAAUAGAACUUCUUGGAACUGCAAUUGAGGUUGCUCCAUGGGAUCCUGAACUAAGAUUAAUGAGAGCAGAAUGUUAUGAACGACUAGGAGACCUCGUCAAAGCUAUAUCAGAUAUUAAACCAACAACCAAGUUAAUCAAUGAUAAUACACAAGGGUAUUUAAGGAUGAGUCAGCUACAUUAUGAGAUGGGAGAACUGGAGGAUGCACUAAGAGAAAUCCGUGAGUGUCUUAAGCUUGACCAAGACCACAAAGAAUGCCAUCCAUUUUAUAAAAAAAUGAAGAAGUUAAACAAGCUGCUUACUGGUGCUCAAGAUCUAAUUAAUAAAGAAGAGUAUGCUGCAGCGACAGAAAAGCUAAAGAAAGCUCUCAAAGUAGAGGCUCAUAUUCGUCCUAUUGUUGGAAAAAUGAGAAGACAACUUUGUCACUGUCAUGUCAAGCUUCAUGCACCCAAAGAAGCCAUCAAAGAGUGUAACUUGGCCCUACAGCUAAACGAGAAUGAUGUAGAUGCAUUGUGUGACAGAGCAGAGGCUCAUAUCUUAGAAGAUAACUUUAGUGAAGCAGUUAAAGAUUACCAGAAAGCCAAGAAUAUCAAUGAUCAAUUACAUAAGGUUCAAGAAGGCUUGGAAAGAGCCCAGAGACUCCUUAAACAAUCAAAGAAGAGAGAUUAUUAUAAAAUACUUGGAAUAAAAAGGAAUGCCAGUAAAAAAGAGAUCACAAAAGCAUAUCGUAAGUUGGCAGUGAAAUGGCACCCUGAUCAGUUCAAAGAACCCCAGGAGAAAAAGAAAGCAGAGAAACAUUUUAUUGACAUUGCUGCUGCCAAAGAGGUUCUAACAGAUCCAGAAAAAAGACAAAAGUAUGAUAACGGUGAAGAUCCUCUUGACCCUGAUCAACAAGGUGGUGGAGGAUGGCCUUUCCAGCAUGGCGGAUUCCCAUUCGGUGAUGGCUAUCAAUUUAAAUUCCACUUUAACUAAUUCUCUACUUGUGACAUCUUUUCUUCUUUCCAAGUUCAUCCUCUGUUUCAAUGGUUUCCACCACUAAAGCAUCUUUUCUCUAAAAAAUAAUUUAUGAAGAUUAUCCCAGAAGUUUUCUGGGUGUUUUUCAUUUGACACUAAAGUAAUUCACCGAUAUUUAUUAGAACAUUUAUUUCUAAUUUUACUGUUUAAGAAGAAAACUUCCUUAGAUAAUGAGUAAAUAAUUUCAUCACAAGGCGAAUACAUAGGGCAAACAUAAUAGGAAAAUUAUUCCUUACCUUGAGUUUUAUAGUCUCUUUUGCUCCUACCUUAGGUUUCAUUAUCAUAAGAUUAAUCUUCAGCAUCUUUUUUCGUGAGCUCUGGCACUCAGGGUAGUUAAUCCCCUUUUUUGAAAUUGAAAAAGGGUGAUAAACUUAUAUGAACAGAAAUAUGAAAUAUAAACAGAACUUUAGCAUGUGAAUGCCUCAAAAUUCAGUAUGGGAUAAGUUUGUUAAAAUUUCUCCCUUUGAAGUGAAGUGAAGUGGACCUUCAAAGUGGGCCUUCAUAGCCAUAUCUUUGAGCAAGCAAUUUUGCUUGGGACCACAUAAAGUGGAAUAUCUUUGUAAAUGUUUCUAAUGGCCGAGAUGUCUUUAGGCAUUUUUGGUUGUUUUAUGAAUAGAUGUUUUUGUAAUCAAUACUGUACAGCCAUAAGAACAAUGCAAAUCAACUAUUUUAAAAUGAAAUAAAUAAAUCAAGUUCAGAAUACUUGUGAGCUUGCUUGUGGCCAGGA